UGCUGUGCUGCCAUGACAACCAUGGCCCCUCCCCUCACGUUUCUCCUCCUUCUUCUCCGAUUGGCUCACAGUUCUUUCCCAGAGGAGCCCGGUCCGCUCAGCUACGCUCCCUUAGAGGUGGUGAGGAGGUACCCUGUGUUUGUGGGUAGAGCUCAUCAUUCCUCUCAGAGACAGGAGCUGCUCAUUCAGACAGUGCUCCAGGUCAACCGCACUCUCUACAUAGGAGCCAGAGAUGAUCUAUACAGAGUGGAGCUGGACAAUAUGUCAGGGGAUGAAAUGUUCUACAGCAAGAAGCGGACGUGGGAAUCCAAUAAGAAUGACAUUCGAGUCUGCAGAAUGAAGGGCAAACAUGAGGAGGAGUGUCGUAACUUCAUCAAGGUGGUGUUGAGUCGACACGAGGGACUGUUUGUGUGUGGAACCAAUGCCUUCAACCCUUUGUGUGCCAACUACACUAGAGACUCUUUGGAGAUGGUGGGAGAGACGGUCAGCGGGAUGGCUCGUUGCCCGUAUGACCCCAGACACGCCAACGUGGCUCUGUUCGCAGAGGGCAGUCUCUUCACUGGUACUGUAACAGACUUCCUGGCGAUUGAUGCUGUGAUCUAUCGUAGCCUAGGCGACAGCCCCGCUCUUCGCACUGUCAAACACGACUCCAAAUGGUUCAGAGAACCCUUCUUUGUGAGUGCAGUUGAGUGGGGGCCUCACGUCUACUUCUUCUUCAGAGAAAUGGCCAUGGAGUUCCAUCACCUAGAGAAGGUGAUGGUAUCUCGUGUGGCGCGGGUGUGCAAAGGGGACAUGGGGGGCUCUCAGAGGGUGUUGGAGAAACAGUGGACAUCGUUCCUGAAGGCCAGACUGAACUGUUCUGUCCCAGGAGACUCCCACUUCUAUUUCAACCUGCUCCACGCCACCAGCCCCAUACUCAACAUGAACGGCAGAGACGUCAUACUGGGACUGUUCUCGACACCACCCAACAGUAUCCCGGGGUCUGCAGUGUGUGUGUUUGACAUGCAGCAGUUGGCCAGGGUGUUUGAGGGAAGAUUCAAGGAGCAGAAAUCUCCAGAAUCCAUCUGGACACCCGUGCCUGAUGAGCUUGUGCCCAAACCCAGGCCGGGUGGCUGUGCGGUGCAGGGGUCUCCGUUUAGCUCAUCUAAGUCUCUGCCGGAUGAAGUGCUGAACUUUGUAAAGACUCAUCCCUUGAUGGACGAGACCAUACCCUUGGUUGGGCACAGACCUUGGGUUGUCAAGACUAUGGGCAGGUACCAGUUGACCGCAAUGGUGGUGGACACAGAGGCUGGUCCCCAUAGGAACCAUACAGUGUUGUUCCUGGGCUCCACGCGAGGGACCGUCCUGAAAUUCCUCAUCCUCCCCAGCGGAGAAAACUCUCCCACACACAGCAGUGUGUUUCUGGAGGAGGUGGAGGGAUUCAACCCUGAGAAAUGUGGAGAGGACUCUGUCCAGGCCAGACAGUUGUUGUUUCUGUCUCUGGAUCGUCCAAGUCACACUCUGCUGCUGGCCUUCACUUCCUGUCUGGUCAGACUGCCCACAGCACGCUGCCACCUACACUCACGCUGCAUGAAGAGCUGUCUGACCUCCAGAGAUCCCUACUGUGGCUGGACCAGAGGCAGCACCUGCUCCUUCCUCAGACCAGGCACACGGCUUCCUUUUCAACAAGACAGUGAGUACGGCAACUUCUCCCAUCUUGGAGACUGUGAUGGUGUCAUACAGCAGAGUCUGCUGAUCGAGCCGGAGAGCCUGGUCUCCCUCAACCUGCUGGUGGCAUCUGCAGUCUCAGCCUUCACCAUCGGUGCGGCGCUCUCGGGCCUGGCUGUCUGCUGGAUUAUGGCCCACAAGCCUGGCAACCGUCGCCACGGCAACAAUACACCCCAGUCCACUAUCCAGCGUCAGGAGAGGGGGAUGUUGACGUCAGGAGGAGUGAUGGGGGGAUCGGUCCUCAGUGUGACCCGUCAGGGAGGAGGCGAUAGACCCUGCUCUCAGGGCGGCGAGACCCUGUUUGUGAUGCCCAACGGCUGGGGGAAGUCAGGGGAGCUGGACCCAGGGUUCCUGCCUACUCCGGAGCACACGCCCCAGCAGAAAAGACGCGGGCUCAGGCUGUCUGAUUCUGGAUCAGGGGGGUGGGAUAACAGCCAGACCUACCUGGGAGGGAGUACCAUGGGGCUGGCGUCUCCCUGCCCUCUCCCUUGCCCCCCACACCCCUCCACCGCUGUCUACCUGACCACCAGACUAUUUCAGGGGGGAGGAGGAGGGAGGCACGGGGGUGAGGAGCGAGGAAGAGGAGGGGAGACUCCUCGCCAGCACUACGUGUGCCUGAGCAAGCCCCGGGGGGAGAAGGGCAGAAGUGGGACACCAAAGUCGGCGCUUCGUAAGUCGGCAGGGGAGUACGUGUACCCCAUGACCCCCCAGGAUUCUCCGGAUAGGAGGAGGGUGGUGUCAGCCCCCAGUGCCCCUAUGGAGUUUGGGGAGCCCCUGCCACUCCGCUGGCCUCCCCAGGAAGGCUACAUCCUCAGCAGCCAGGGCAUGGUCCCUGUACCUCCAUCCUCCAUGCCCACCAUCAAAGGCCAGCAGUACGUGGCCCAGCACCACACACCCGGGCCGGGCAGGUCUCAGCUGAGAGGGGCCUUGGGGAGAGGAGAGCUGGGGGAGCUGGUGGAUCUCAGCCAGCUGCUGAGUAAGAAGAGUUCCAAUGAGAGGACUCACAACGGGCAGUGAUCAAGCAGGGAAACCAUGUCUCUUUCUAUAUCGUUCUCUUUCUGUCUGUUCUACCUUUUCUCUCACUCUCUCUUUCUCUCUGAUCUCUUUCUCUGUCAUUGUCAUUUAGUCCUCUGGAUAUCUCUGUAUCUCGCUGGCGGACUCCUGAGGCUGUUCUCGCUGGCAGACUCCUGAGGCUGUUCUCGCUGGCAGACUCCUGAGGCUGUUCUCGCUGGCAGACUCCUGAGGCUGUUCUCGCUGGCGGACUCCUGAGGCUGUUCUCGCUGGCAGACUCCUGAGGCUGUUCUCGCUGGCAGACUCCUGAGGCUGUUCUCGCUGGCGGACUCCUGAGGCUGUUCUCGCUGGCAGACUCCUGAGGCUGUUCUCGCUGGCAGACUCCUGAGGCUGUUCUCGCUGGCAGACUCCUGAGGCUGUUCUCGCUGGCAGACUCCUGAGGCUGUUCUCGCUGGCGGACUCCUGAGGCUGUUCUCGCUGGCAGACUCCUGAGGCUGUUCUCUCUGGCGGACUCCUGAGGCUGUUCUCUCUGUGACUGGUUGAUGCUGCUAUCACUCAUACCCUGCUUGGCUGUGAUUGGUCAGUGAAAGUGAGGUUGUUGCUGUGUCUGCAUUGCAGAGCUGCCUCUCCCCUCUGGCUGCUUAGAGAGGGGAGAGAGGAGGAGAGAGAGAUAGAGGGAUUGAAAGAGGUGAGAAAGAGGGAUGGAGAUGGAAAGAGAAAAGGGAAGGAAGAGUUUGCUCGACAGCAGAAUUCUUCCAAAAGAACAUUAAGAGAGAACCAUAAAUAGGAAGGAACAUACAAGGAGACCCAGAGACAGACACUUCCCAGAGACAGGACUGGCCGAACAACAUGGCCACAGAGCCCACUGUCAGGUGUCAGAAGACGAGACCCAGUGGACAUCACUCCUACACAGUGUACUCUGUCCACCUUCCAGUGCAGACUGAUUGGCACUCUCUGACAAUAAGACAAUGGAGGACACUGAAACAUGAAUUGUAAACACAUUACUUUGAAGCAUCUUGCUGCAGGUGAAUGAAGCAGACACCCCCUGGGCUCACACGUCAGUUCAUCAUCUACUUUUGAUUUACACUUGAUUUACAACUCAACCAAAACUGUCAUUUGGUUCAUAAUAACGUGAAUUUAAUGUGAAAUCAACGAGAAAAUGUCACCAGGUCAUUGGAUAUAGGUGAACAGUUGGGUGAAAACAAGAGCAAAUGCCCUUACGUUGAUUCAAUGUCAUCACAUAGAUUUCUGGGGUUGAAAUGACGUGGAAACAAUGUUGAUUCAAACAGU